UUGUUCAAAAAACUUAUAAAAAAAAUAUAUAAGCAGAUAAGCCCUCCCCUAGCUGUGCCACGUCUACCCAUCUCAACUCUCUCAUUUUCCUGCUAGUCAUCGUAAACACCACGCGCUAAAUCAGACGCGUGUAAACACAAUCAAAUUUCCUCCCAUUUUUUCUCUCUUAACUCUCUAUAUAAGUCCACUUCACAUCUCCUCUUUCGCUUCAACAACGUCCAUGAUAUUCUUUCAAUCACAAUUACCACCAAAACAAAAAAUCAACCAAAAAACCAACACUAAAACAUCAUGUGUCCUACCAAUUUCGCCGACGAAUUCGCCGAUAAAUCUCUCGAAGCUUCUCUUUUCGCCGGGAAACUCGCCGGAAACCUCCCGCAACCUGACCUCAAUGUUGUUACCUCCGCCGGCGUUCGCAUUCCUGCUCAUUCUCACAUUCUGGCAAUGGCGUCGCCGGUAGUUGAGAAUAUGGUGGAAAAGCCGAAGAUGAAUCGGAAAACAGGGGAGAAAGCGAUUCCGAUUCUUGGAGUUCCUUGUGACGCCGUCUCCGCCUUUGUCCGAUUCCUUUACACUUACCGCUGCACGAACGAAGAGAUGGAGAAAUAUGGAAUCCAUCUCCUAGCACUUUCUCAUGUGUUCGCAGUGCCAACACUGAAGCAAAGAUGUAGCAAAGGAUUAGCUGAAAGGCUAGUCGUUGAUAAUGUUAUCGAUGUACUUCAAUUGGCUAGACUGUGUGAUGCACCGGAUCUUUACCUCAAGGGUAUGAAGUUUGCUGCAACUAAGUUUAAGGCUAUUGAAAAGACUGAGGGCUACAAAUUUCUUCAAAAGCAUGAUCCUUGGUUGGAGCUAGAGAUCUUACAGUUCAUUGAGGAAAAUGUAUUGAGAAAGAAGAGGACAAAGAAGAACAAGGAAGAACAAAACUUGUACAUACAGCUAAGCGAAGCAAUGGACUGUUUAGUGCACAUAUGCACAGAAGGGUGCACCGGUGUGGGUCCCUAUGACAUGGAACCCUCCAAGAAGAAGGAGCCUUGCAAAAGAUUUUCCACGUGUCAGGGCCUCCAGCUGUUGAUCAAACACUUUGCCACGUGUAAGAAGAGGGUCAAUGGUGGGUGCUCAAGAUGCAAGCGCAUGUGGCAACUUCUUAAACUUCAUGCUUCUAUGUGUGAACAACCAGGCAAUUGCAGAGUUCCUCUUUGCAGACAAUUCAAGUUGAAGAUGCAACAAGAGAAGAAAGGAGAUGAUGCAAAGUGGAGGCUAUUGGUGAGGAAGGUAGUCUCAGCCAAGACCAUAUCUUCUCUGUCUCGGUCUAAAGACUCUAAACCACAACCAAAGAGAGAACUUCAGCACGCAAUUUCUUGCCUCCAAGGUCUCCAAGCUUGACGGGUCUAUCAAUCCAAUGUCUAUAAUGUUUCCCUCCCACCUUUUUUUUCUCCGAGUUAUGUAUAAAGUUGAGUAUGGUAUGAAAAAUUACAACGUUAGGAAGCUCUCAUCUCGAGGGGAAAGAACCACACACCCUUAUUGGAACUUGGGUGGUGGUUGUAUAAUAGAUUAUAUUAGUAGUAUAGUUUAGGAGAUUUCAGUGAUCUCUCCAAGCUGUAGGUAUUAGAGGAGAGUUGUUGAAAUGUGAUGGUAAUAUUGUGAAUAAUUUUGUAGAUGAUGUGAAAGUUAGUUGUCUAAAUAAUGAAAAUGAUAUGAAAUAUUGUUUGUUGUUUAAAGAAA